AUGGCUUGUCAGCGACCGCGGCUGUCACUGAGCAACUGUCUCCUCCCAACAUCAGUGGACUGGGUGGCAAUGCGUGCUCUGAAAGAAUGGCACCACAACUUCCAGACGGGCCUCUCUCCUUUUGGUUCGUCAGCGGAGAGCGCCGCAACAGAGGCAUCCCCAUUUUGGAUCUCAACUAGGGUGGCACGCAUGUUGUAUGCCGCUUCACUUAACGAGAGGUCUUCAUCGCGUGUGACGCGCGGUACUCACAACAGAAAUGUGCAUGACAAACCGAAAGAGGAGGCCAAAAGUAAAGGAAAGGAAUACACUAUUAAUACAAGGCGGCUAGUGAACGUUUUUGGCUCUUCAUUUAUCAAUGCAGCUGACACAUCUAUCUGCUCCAUGUUGGACUCCGCCACAUGUGUAUCCUACAGGGUGCCUGUAGAUGAAGCUGGCGACGUUCUGUGGUCACUGUUCAACGUGUUAAACAGUCAGGCUGUUUACAGUGCUGCGGCUACAUCUGAUGUAUCCUUUAAGGCGGCAGCACGCUAUGCCGUUUCAAAGGGCCUACCCUUGUUGUUUCACUCGCCCUACUGGCUGGAGGGUGAGGGGCUGGAGCGGCGGUGGAAAGAUGUGAGAAUUGCCCCAAACAUUCCACCCCUUUAUGUCAAUUCAGGCUCCGACUGGUAUGUCAAUGCGGAGCAGACCUCCGAUGCCUCGCGUUUUGAUUGUCGGUCAUGUGGCCCGCACCGUCGACAUCAGUGUCUCUCAGGCAGCGGGGUGCAUUAUGUCUCGUGGGAAUUCUCAGAAAAGCUUGCUGAAGCCUUCUCCGACACGCGGAAGGAUCUGAACGAACCCAGUGAGAAUGUUUCGGAGGAAAAUGGUCUCGGUAGGACUGUCCCGAAUUAUGAACAACAGCAACAACAGCAGAAAGGGCAGCAAAUCUAUGAAAACCCCAGCAAUCUGUGGCUUGAUGUAGAACUCGUCGAGUCAGCUGGGUUCUCUUUGCGCCAAGCUGCCGUUGGUGUCGAGUUGCCGCCUUCCCAACUGAGGGAACGGGUACGUGUGCAAGUGAAGAAGGAUAUUUACAAGACAAAAAGGGCGCUGCGAAGAUCAAUGGUCGUGGUGAACGCAGAGUUCAUUGUCGAGCGUGAGGUGUUGUUGGACCUUAUUGCAUACAAGCCUGUCUGCAUUGGUCUACCACCAAGCACCUUUCUGGGUGAGGCCACAAUCGUUCAGCUGGCGCUGCUAUCAUGCACGAUGAAGUACACUUCCUCCACUUGGCUCAGCGCCAGCGUUGCACAGAGAACGCAGUUGCGCGGGCGGGGAGGCAGUGAGACAACUGGCGUUGAGGUGGCUCUCAGGCACAGAUCAUACGCCGCCACGUCAACGGCUGUUUUAAUCAACGCAGACGAACUGGAUCUUUCACAGGAACGCAUUGCGGAGCUUAGCUGCUUUGCUGUGCCGGGGGGUGGCCCUCUGCCGUAUCAUCACAGUUAA